CCUCUCUCGCCCACAUCAUGAGCCGCGCAGCUUCAGAAGCGGCACGCGCAGAGGGCAACGCAGCCUUCCGCAAAGGCAAGUGGAGCGACGCCGCGCAGGCGUACACGCGCGCGAUCGAGGCGGACUCGUCAGACCCGGUACCGUACGCCAACCGCGCGCAGGUGUGGCUCAAGCUCGAGCGGUAUCCCGCCGCCGAGGCCGACGCGACCCGUGCCAUCGAGCGCAACGGCGGCGUGAAGGCGUCCUUCCGCCGCGCGCUCGCCCGCAGGGCGCAGGGCAAGCUCCCCUCCGCUGCGGCCGACCUGCGCUCCGUGCUCGCCGCCGAGCCGAACAAUGCGCCGGCGGCGGCUGAGCUCGAGGAGGUGGACCGCGAGAUUAGGGAGGGGCGGGAUGUCGCCGAGGAGCAGGCAGCGCCCGCGCCGGCGCCAGCUGUCAAGCAGCCGCCCAAGCUUGCGCCUGUGCCUGCUGCUGCCUCGCCCGCUGCCGCGCGCUCCGCCGAGCGCAAGCCCGCGGCGGUCGCCUCGACGUCGACACCAGCCCCAGCACCUAAGCCCCAGCGCGACACGAGCCUCCUCGACGCGUCGUUCGGCGCGCCAAGGCAGCCGUCAAGAAUAUCGUCCAUCGUCCCGCCAUCAGCGCGCGAGUCAGACCCAGAACCAGCGCCGCCAGCCCCGGCAGCAGCCGCAUCGUCGUCAUUCGCCUCGCUCCGACAUGCGCGCGGCGCGCGGCCAGCGUACGCGGGUGCUGGAUCGGCACCACUCCUCUCCACUACGGCAGAGCAGGACGCGGCUGCGGCGCGCGCGACCGACUUUCUGCGCAAGCCUGCGGCAGUGCCAGUCGCGCCCCCUCCACCACCACCGCGACCGACCGUCGCCCCGCCGCCCGACCCGACGUCCACAGCCCCAGGUGCCGGCCUCGCCCUCCUCCGCGCACUGCGCUCGCUGUCGCCGGCAGAGGGACAAGCGUACCUCCGCCACUACCCUGCGUCCAACAUAGCGCGCAUCACGGCGCCGGUGCUCGAGCCUGACUCGCUUGGGCUGCUCCUUGCCGCGCUGGGCGCUGGCGGGCCCGAGGACGCCGAGUGGACGCGCGAGGUGCUCUCUGGGCUUAGGGCCACGCCUAGGUGGCGCAUGAACGCCGCCAUGUUGAGCUCGGCCGAGCGGAAGGCCGGGGAGCGGGCGUGGGCUCUGGCUGGAGGUGAGGGGCCAUUGUAG